AUGGGGAUAUUCCUUGCCUCUAGUCUUAUCUAUUUCUCCCUUUCAUCAGGCAGCACCAUCUUAAAAAAGAUCGAGGAUCGUUCUUUCGGAGGCUCUAUCAGUUUGCGAGCAGCGGCUUAUCUGGGACGCACCGGUCAGACACUUGCUCGAAUUGGCCGAAACAGCUCUCGAUCUUCUAAUCCUACUCAGACUUCAGGCCCGCGUUCUGUGCUGGUUACUAAUGUGUACAAUUUCGGAGGCAGCAAGCGUGAAAUGAACAAGGCCACGCAGCCCAGUGAGACUGGAUCUAUCGGCACAAUUGUCUCGCAAAACAUGGCCCCUAUGCGCAACACUUUGAAUUGUUGCCUUAAGUCGAGUGGCAGAGAAUUAUCAGGUCUCGGAGGCCGUGUAAACAAUGCUGGCUGGUUUAAACAGGCCCCUCAUAUGAGUCUGUGA